AUGGUUCACACAACUCAUACGGUUCCCGGUGUGUCCGCCACACCUGGCCCGAAUCGGGUCAAGACAUGUCAGACCUGUGCUCGAGCAAAGAUCCGAUGCUUCCGAACAUCGGGCUCUUCUAGUUGUGAUCGCUGUCUUCGACUUGACAAAGAAUGCUAUUUCCGAGCAGCUCGGUCGCGCUACAAUCCGGAUAAAAAAGAUACGCGGCUUACUGCCCUUGAAGACAAAGUCAAUCAGCUUUUACAAAACAGCAAUAAUACGUCUGAGCCGUCGCAAAACCCAUAUCACCAUGUCAAAGCAGCAAGCCCAGAAAACAUCGACGACAACAACACGGCACUGGAUGUCAUUGGAAUGGGAAUUAUCAGUCUUGAUAGUUCUAGAGAACUCCUGGAUGUAUUUUGCCAGACGCUAAUGCCUCAGUUUCCUUUUGUUAUCUUGCCGCCACAAACAGCAGUUGAGCAGCUUCGAGAAGAGAAACCUUUCUUACUCCUCUCUAUCCUUAUGGUCUCUUUACACUAUGAUAGGCCUUUGCAGCGAGUCCUGGAGGAAAGGUUUCAUGCUUUCAUUGUGAGCCAAACCAUGCUCGAAAAUUCGAUUCCUCCAGUGGAGGUUCUACAGGGGCUACUGGUUUUUAUGGCAUGGUCUCAGCACCAGCUUCGCCCCCUGCAGGCCUCGAGCUAUCAUCACCUUAUGCUUAGCAUCGUGGUUGAUCGGCGCUUAGAUCGGCCAGUCAUGCUGCGAACCCUUCCACAGCCACUAAGCGUCGGCGGGAAAGUUCAAAAGGACAAAGUGUCUGAGCUCCAUGAUGAAUAUAGGGCUCUCAUCGGAUGCUUUGUCAUUUCAUCAUGCAUUUCAAUUACGAUCGAGAAGACAUGCAUGCUGCCUUGGUCUUCAUUCAUUGAGAAAUCGGCUCUUGAACUAGCCCAGUCCUCGAGAUACCCCAGUGACAAGUAUCUUAUUCAUCUCGUUCAAUUGCAACAUAUAUUUGAGCGAGCUGACGCAGCUAUGUUGAAUAACGCCCAAGAGAUGGAUUUAGAGAGCAGGAAGUCAAAGAUUGAAGACCAUGUUCAGCAAUUCCGACAAGAGAUGGAGAAUUACCGGGACCUGCUCCCAUUUCCAAUGCAAGAAAGCACUCUGAUUUGGUCACUUUUCCAAGCCUUGACUCUGUACCUUUGUCAGGCCAUUCUAUUUGACAAACAUGCCUCGCUUGAUGAGUCUGAUGAUCUCGGGAAGAGGAAAAAGACUUCUUUCUUCCUACGCACUUCGUUCCAGAUUGACACUCUCCGCGUUGGCCUCGCUACAGCCAAAAGCUACUUUGAUUAUUAUCUGAGCUUACCCACCGGUCACCUUCGAAUGAUUAGCUACAUUGAAUGGCUAGAAAACGCAUUCAUUAUGGUUAUGUCAUGCAAGCUCUGUAUUGUUGCGAUGGACAAGAACUUGCGGCAGGAGGCGCGAAUCCGAUCUUUGCGUAAAGCGCUCAAUAUGCAAGAGGUGCUAAAAGGCUAUGUAACACGGUUGACAGCUCUCCACAAUGCUCGAACGAAUGCGCCAGAUACAUCUGAUUUCUAUGUGAAAUGGCUGCAGCGCAUUCAUGACUGGUUUGCGGAACGUCAUGCUCCUGCACACGCGCAAGAGUCAGCAGACGCAGGUCAAAUACUUGAUUCGAUGGCAACCUCUGAUGCCAGGCAUCCGGGAUCAUCGUCAAUGAGCACUUUCGAGCCCUUAAUUGCUCCUUUUCCUGACGUGAGUCUUGGAUAUAGGCAAGAAGGCUCACAGGACUAUAGCCCUGAGUCAUGGCCGGAUUUUCUGCAGGAUGUUUCCGUGGAUGAGAUGCUGAAUGGGUUGAUUGAGAUAUCAGGCAUGUCAUUUUAA